AAAAUUUGGGGUUCAUUUUUCUCUUUUGCCGAGAAAAAACAACCCCCAAAUGGAAAUUUAAUGCCUUUUACACCCGGUUCUCAUCACGGGCUACUACAAAACAACGUGUGUGUUUUGUAUCUCUCUCUCUCUCUCUAUCCCUAUAAAAAAACACAAGCUUUGCCAGAGUUUCUCAUACCCUUUUCCCCCUUGAUUCUCGAGGAAAGCCUAAGUGGCUAAGUUCCUCUAGAUUUUUUUUGGUCCAAAAAUGAUCUCUUUCGGCUCCUCUGUUUUUAAAAAAAGAGCACCGAGGGACUCUGUUUUUCUCGUCCUCUUCGUUUCUUUGCAUUGUUUUUCAUUGAUCUCGGUUCGGGUUUUGGCGCAAACAUCGCCUGUUUUCGCCUGUGAUGCUACUAAGAACCCGCAAGUGGCGAGCUUCGGUUUCUGCGACGCGUCGUUGGUGACCGAUGCUCGGGUGUCCGACUUGGUUAAAAGGCUUACAUUGCAGGAAAAAAUCACUUUCCUUGUGAGUGACGCCGGCAGCGUUAGCCGGCUUGGGAUACCGAAAUACGAAUGGUGGUCCGAGGCUCUACACGGUGUCUCCAACGUCGGUCCGGGCACAAAGUUCACCGGCUUGGUCCCCGGUGCCACGAGCUUCCCUCAGGUCAUCACCACCGCAGCUUCCUUCAACACUUCUCUCUUUGUAGCUAUUGGCAGGGUGGUUUCAACCGAAGCUAGAGCAAUGUUCAACGUUGGAUUGGCAGGGCUAACAUAUUGGUCACCGAACAUUAACAUAUUCCGAGACCCGAGGUGGGGAAGGGGGCAAGAAACACCGGGAGAGGACCCGUUGCUGUCCAGCAAAUACGGAUCGAGUUACGUCAAAGGUCUGCAACAAACCGAUGGCGGCGACCCUUCUCGGCUCAAGGUCGCCGCAUGUUGCAAACACUAUACGGCCUACGAUUUGGAUAACUGGAAGGGCGUCGAUCGUUACCAUUUCAAUGCUGUGGUGACACAACAAGAUAUGGAUGAUACAUUCCAACCACCAUUCAAGAGUUGUGUAGUUGAUGGAAAUGUGGCGAGUGUUAUGUGCUCUUACAACCAGGUUAACGGUAAGCCGACUUGCGCAGAUCCCGAUCUUCUCGCCGGAGUUAUUCGAGGCCAGUGGAAAUUAAAUGGGUAUAUAGUUUCAGAUUGUGACUCCGUAGAUGUUUUCUACAAUAACCAGCAUUAUACCAAGACGCCAGAGGAAGCAGCAGCCAAAGCAAUUUCGGCGGGGUUGGAUCUAAACUGCGGAUCAUUCCUUGGCCAACACACCGAAGCUGCUGUGAAAGCCGGGCUUUUGAAUGAGUCGGCCAUUGAUAAGGCCAUAGCGAACAACUUUGCCACCUUAAUGCGACUGGGAUUCUUCGACGGUGAUCCCAGCAAACAACCUUACGGUAAACUUGGCCCCAAAGACGUGUGCACUCCCGAGCAUCAAGAGUUGGCACGUGAAGCCGCGAGACAAGGGAUUGUGUUACUAAAAAACAAAGCCGGAUCGUUGCCUCUAUCUCCGACUGCUAUCAAAACAAUAGCAGUAAUCGGACCCAAUGCUAAUGUCACAAAGACCAUGAUCGGGAAUUACGAAGGCAUUCCGUGCAAAUAUAUGACACCAUUGCAGGGUCUAACGACAUCGGUGGCUACAACAUAUGUGCCAGGCUGCACCAAUGUGGCUUGUGGCACUGCCCAAGUAGACGAUGCUAAGAAAGCAGCCGCCUCAGCUGAUGCCACUGUACUUGUGAUGGGCAUAGACCAGUCGCUUGAAAGGGAAAGCUUCGAUAGGGUCGACCUUCUUUUGCCCGGACAGCAACCGCUUUUAAUAACCGAAGCUGCAAAGGCAGCAAAGGGACCCGUGAUUCUUGUCAUAAUGUCCGGGGGAGGCUUCGAUGUAUCGUUUGCGAAAAAUGAUCCGAAAGUCACAAGCAUCCUUUGGGUCGGUUACCCUGGCGAAGCCGGUGGAGCUGCCAUUGCGGAUGUAAUUUUCGGGUAUUAUAAUCCAAGUGGAAGGCUGCCGAUGACAUGGUAUCCACAAUCGUACGCCGAUAAGGUCCCCAUGACAAACAUGAACAUGAGACCGAAUCCGUCAAAUGGCUACCCGGGCAGGACAUACAGGUUCUACACUGGGGAAACCAUUUAUACAUUUGGUGAUGGGCUAAGCUACACCACAUUCAGCCAUAAAUUAGCCAAAGCACCUACACUAGUAUCCAUCCCCUUGGAGGAAGACCAUGUUUGCCGCUCAUCCGAAUGCAAAUCGGUCGAAACAGAUAAACAAAGUUGUAAAAACCUAGCGUUCGACAUUCAUCUUCGAGUUCAAAACAGAGGAAGACACGACGGAAGCAACACGGUAUUCUUGUUCUCCACUCCCCCAUCGGUGCACAAUUCACCCCGGAAGCAUUUGUUAGGAUUCGAGAAAGUUUCGUUAACGGCGAAAUCGGAUACGUUGGUGAGGUUUAAGGUCGAUGUCUGCAAGGAUUUGAGUGUGGUCGAUGAGCUUGGGAGCCGGAAAGUUGCAUUGGGACAACAUGUGCUACAUAUUGGCAGCUUGAAACACUCAUUAACCGUGGGGAUUUGAAAAGAAAUUUUUUCAAAAUCCACGUUAUUUUUUCCUGGAAUAAGUUGAGGGAGUUAUUAGCAGUUUUCUCAUUUGUUUUUUUCAAGUGUAACCAAUUGUUGAAAGUUGAACAUUUCGAAAUCCCAAAUUGAAAAUAGAAAAAGGAAGCAUUCACGACUUUGGCAA